UGCGCUGCGCUCCCUCAGCGACUCUCGGAGCCAGAGAUCCCCUGCCUGCAUGUGCACGAUGAUCUCGCCUCGCACCCUGCGCCUGCCUGGGCAGCGCCAGCCGAACCUCCUUCGCUGAGCGGCACGGAGACGCGAUCGAGCACAGGAGCGGCGCUCCGCCGGGGACUUAAGCGACUUUGCGCUCGGAGCGAGAAGAAAGGCGCGCGGGAGCGGGAGCGGGAGCCUCGCGGUCCUCACGCGACACCGAGGCAUGGCGAAAGAGACCAAAGCUUCUGUGCGCAAGUACAGUGCCUCUCACUGGCGACUGCAGAACAUUACGCAGGAGUCGGUCGACAGCUCUGAUGACGAGUUUUUCGAUGCCCGAGAAAUGCUGGAGGGGAAGAGUGCCAUCCUGUUAGGCAUGAGCCAAUGGAACUCCAAUGACCUGGUGGAGCAGAUUGAGACCCUGGGCCACAGCGACUGCUCUCAAGAGAGCCUGUGUGCCCUGAGACGACCGCAGAGUAGCAUUGACAUACUGGAGGAGGUCGAGACCUGCAAGGCCCGUCUGCUAAUCCUGGUGGUGCACGGUGGGCACAUGUUGGAGCCAGGAGGUGGGGACCCGGGGGCCAAGGCAGGGGAUGUGGCCACGCUGGCAGAAGUCCUGGACCGGGUGGCACGGGCACAAUCGCGUACCGCUACUGCUGAGCAUAUCCAGAUCCGGCUGGUUCCCUGCCCCGCUGUGUGCGCGGAGGCCUUUUCGCUUGUUUCCAACCUGAAUCCCUAUAGCUAUGAUGAGAGCUGUGUUUCCAGCAGUGUGGACUACCUGCCAUUGGCUGCGCUACCCCUUCUUGCCAUUUCUGCACCUCGCUACCUGGAUGCUGUAGCGACCCUCAUCAUCCGGGCCAACCGUGUCUACCGUAGCUUCCUACAGUCCGAAGAUGGGCGUGGCUUCACCGGCCAGGUAUGCCUGGUGGGAGACUGUGUGGGGGGUGUGCUGUGCUUCGAUGCACUGUGCUUCAGCAGUGGACCACCAUGCAGAAGCCCUGGUGACAGCAGUGGGAACAACAGCACAGAGAGUCUAAAGGAUCCCCCAAGGCUCCUAGAUGGGGCCAGCCCAAGCCUUGGCUCUAGCAAAAGACUCAGCAAGAGCAACAUUGACGUCUCAGCUGCUUUCUGCCCUGGCUCUGGAAGAGGCAGAAACCUCAGCAGGAAGCAGAGUGAUUUGUACGAUGGUGACUCCACUACCAGUGGCCAAGGGUCCUUCUUCUGCAGGUACAGCAGCGCUCCGCUGCAGAGGGAGGGCGGCAUAGACGCGGACAGCAGCUCCAAAGUGGGCCUGAGUCCUGGCCACCUGGACUUCCAGGUGUCCCACUGCUUUCUGCUGGGCUGCCCGCUGGGCUUGGUGCUGGCCAUGAGGAGAAGCGUGCUGCCUGGAGCCUCCCAGCUCCAACCUGCCUGCUCCCAGAUCUACAACCUGUUCUACCCCUUGGACCCCUGUGCCUCUCGCUUGGAGCCACUGCUGCACCCCAGCUUCCACAAACUGCCACCCUUUGCUGUGCCCCGCUACCAGCGCAACCCGAUGGGGGAUGGACGCUCUGCUGUCUUGGAUGAUGCGAUCCAAAGCAACGUGGAAGCGUUCCAGACUCCUUCCUCAACUGCAGAACAAAUCAGCCACCCUGCUGAUGAAAAUGAGACAUCAAGAACAGAUCAGCUGGACGAAAUCAUUGCUGACAUCUGCCACAUGUGGUGGGGCACUAAGAGGUUGGACUACGCCCUGCACUGCCCUGACGUGCUCACCGCCUUCCCGACCGCAGCGCUGCCCCCGGUCUUCCACAGCUCCUACUGGGAGUCCACCGAUGUAGUGUCCUUUGUGCUCAGACAGGUGAUGCGGUGUGAUUGCCUCAGCUCGCAUGAAGCAGAGGACUCUAACUCUGCCCCCUUCUCUCCAUCUGGCAAACGAGAGAAAUGGCUACGCAGACGGACUCACGUGAAGCUGCGGAAUGUGACUGCCAACCACAGGGUAAAUGACAUCAUUGCUACUGAAAAAGGUCCCCAGACGCUAGUGGGUCGUUUCAUGUAUGGUCCCCUGGACAUGGUAACACUGACUGGAGAAAAGGUAGACGUGUUCCUGGUGACGCAACCCCCGUCAGGCCGCUGGGUGCAUUAUGACACUGUGGUGACCAGUAGCAGUGGCAAAGUGACUUACACCAUCCCUCAGAACAAGAGGCUGGGUGUGGGGGUCUACCCUAUCAAGAUGGUGGUCAAGGGUGACCAGACGAGCGCUGAGGCCUGUCUGACAGUGCUGCCGCGAGGAACGGAGUGUGUGGUGUUCAGCAUCGACGGGUCAUUUGCUGCCAGCGUCUCCCUCAUGGGCAGGGACCCCAAGGUUCGCCCUGGCGCUGUAGAUGUAGUGAGGCACUGGCAGGACCUGGGCUACCUGAUCAUCUACAUCACGGGCCGGCCAGAUAUGCAAAAGCAGCGUGUGGUGUCCUGGCUCUCGCAACACAACUUCCCACAGGGUGCAGUCUUUUUCUCUGAAGGCUUGGUGCAUGAUCCACUGCGCCAGAAGACUAUCUUCCUCAGAAAUCUGGUGCAAGAGUGCCACAUCAAGAUCUGCGCUGCCUACGGCUCCAUGAAAGACAUCUCUGUAUACAGCAUGCUGGGCAUCAGUCCUACUCAGAUAUACAUAGUGGGCAGGCCAUCCAAGAAGCAUCAGAACCAGUGCCAGUUCCUCAGCGAGGGCUAUGCGUCGCACCUCUCUGCCUUGCGCUUUGGCCAGCGGGCUCGUUCCAAAAAAACCCCGUCUGCUGGACGCAUGGUUCUCCGGAAGGGCUCCUUUGGCCUGUCCACCAAACCAGACUUCCUGCGAAAGCGCGCUCACCUACGUCGGACCAUGUCCGUGCAGCAAGUGGAUCCACCUUUCACAGCUAUGACCAAGCCUGAACGUGCCCAGAGCCAGCCUGAGUCUGACAAGGAGCACAGGGGUAGGGGUGGCGGAGGUGGGGUGGGACCAUGGGGACGGGGACGGUCUGUGUGGCCACGUGGCUCAAUGUACUGCGAAAACAUCACCCCUUGAUCCUCCCUGUCUCUCUUGAGGUGUGUCAAGAUGAACUUCUGACUUGACCAUGACUGCUAUCACUAAAGUUAAACACAAAGCAUUAGAUGCUCAAACAAGAACAUGUAUCAUGGAAAACAAGCAUGACAGAUACAAAAUAAGGGCAAAUGGAAUGAAUAUGGGGACUUGUUUAAAAAAAAAAAAAACAGGAAUGACACACCAAUUGGCGUUUGACAGUCAUUGCAUGUCAUGUUCACUCCCGAUCUCCAGUAAACAUAAGGCACAAGCAGGAAGAUCACAGCGCUGGCUCACACCACAUACAGAGGAACCCUCUACCAUACCCUGGGUUCACAACGAGGACAAGCUUGCACUGAGACAGCCUGUGGGGUCUUCCUUCAUCCAGCAGUCAGAAUUCUUCUCAUGGCAAUGCAGAUAAGCAGAACAAGUAGGGUAGAAUGUGAAAAGCUGACUCAGACACCCUUCACCCCUGCCCCAGUACCAGACAGUAUGGUUACAGCUCAUGUCCAGGGGUCCUGGUUGUUUGAGAAAAACAAAUUUCAGCUGACAGUCAUAAGAACCAGCUUAUAGUAGGCGAAACCGGAAGAGUUAUUUCUGCUGGAACGGGCUCACGAUAAGGUUGCUCUAACCAUACAGCCUCCCAUCAGUAGAGUAGCAAAUCAUUUUUUCCAUGGAUAAAAUCAUGAAACACCAGUGCUACUGUUUUUCUGGAUUGAAAGGGUCAGUCUCAUGCAGGCCUCAAAGUUCAGAAAUAUUCCACAUUUCUGAGGAACCAUUGCAAAUGGUGUUAGAAAAGCAGAAAAAAAGUGGAACUUGUAACAUAAUGCAAUAGUUUCUGGUCAAAACUGAGGCCUAAUUGGAAUAUACAUACCACCAUAUAGUAACUGCUGAAAGUGAAACAGUCAAAUAUAGGAGUACAGUAAUAAUGUAACUUUCCAGCUAUUUUACAUCUAUUCCAUCAGUUACACAAAGCACCAGUUAUAUUGGUAGAAUCUAUAAUGCAUAUUUUUAAUUUGGCUUUUCAUUAGUAAAAUAAGCUGUUGAAAAAUACCAAUAAAAAUUGUAAGCAAAGCAACACUGAUUGAAGGCCUCCUUAUAUUUGUAAUAAUGGGACAAAUUAAAGUUGAA